AUGUUACUAAACAUUGAAGAUUCUAUUAAUCUAAAAGAAUAUUUUACACAACAAGGGCUGGAAAUUAUACGGCUUGAACCUACACAUCAUACGAAAUCAUCUCAUACUUGGAUUGAGAUUUGCGCUGUUAGUAACCUCUCGAUGCUCAUUGCCUGGAGGCAGUCUUCACAGCCAUUUCUCUCUGGACAUGAUAUAAUCUAUGCAUCUAUCAAAUAUCAAACACUAUGCAGCAAUCCAAAAUCUAUCUUAUACAGGCCUAUCAAAAAUAUCUCUGCUGAUGCAGUUGAAAAUUUCAUCGCCAACUAUGAUAUGGAGCUCUUCGAAUCCCAGACUGACAUUAAUUCCAAGCUCGAUGUCGUUAACUCAUUUGUUAACGAUGUACUAAAUGCUGUUGCUCCAGAACCUGUGAUCGUUUCCAAUCGACCACCAGUUCCAUGGAUGACUACUAAGCUUCGUGCAUUAAAAAGAAAAAGGGAUGCUUGCUACCGUGCUUCAAAACGAAAUUUUCUGGUUACCUGUUAA